AUUUGCCGGCGCGGCCUGCAGUGAGGCCCAGCGGCCCGCCCUUCUCUUCAUGGGCCGGCCGGGUGGCUGGGCUCCUGACCUCCUCUCUCCAGCUCCUCCCGUCCCCGGCCGACGGGGGAGGCCGGGCCGUCCGCGGGGUGUGGGUUGUGCCGGCCUUUCCAUUCCUGGUCGCGGGGGUCGCGCUUGGAGGGGCUGCAGUUCCUCGGGGCCGGGGCUACGAUCCCUCCUCGCCUCCUGUCCGUCUGUCUUGCCUCCUUCCGUCGCCCCAAUAAUUCGUGUUCAGUCCCCAGAUGGGGUGAAGCGGAUCACAGCAACAAAGAGAGAAACAGCUGCAACAUUUUUGAAAAAGGUCGCAAAGGAGUUUGGCUUCCAAAAUAACGGCUUCUCGGUUUACAUCAAUAGAAACAAGACUGGAGAAAUAACAGCGUCAUCUAACAAAUCCCUCAACCUGCUGAAGAUCAAGCAUGGAGAUUUGUUGUUCCUGUUUCCCUCGAGCCUUGCUGGACCGUCGUCUGAGAUGGAGACAUCGUCCCCACUGGGGUUAAAGGCCUGUGGUGCUCCCAACGUGGUGGAAGAUGAGAUCGACCAGUACCUCAGCAGGCAGGACGGGAAGAUCUACAGGAGCCGUGACCCACAGCUGUGCCGACAUGGGCCUCUGGGGAAGUGCGUGCACUGCGUUCCUCUAGAGCCUUUCGACGAGGACUACCUAAAUCACCUGGAGCCUCCCGUGAAGCACAUGUCCUUCCACGCCUACAUCCGGAAGCUGACCGGAGGGGCCGACAAAGGGAAAUUUGUUGCCCUGGAGAACAUCAGUUGCAAGAUUAAAUCAGGGUGUGAGGGACACCUUCCAUGGCCUAAUGGCAUCUGUACUAAGUGCCAGCCAAGUGCCAUCACGCUGAAUAGACAGAAAUACAGACAUGUGGACAACAUCAUGUUUGAGAAUCAUACAGUUGCUGACCGCUUCCUUGACUUCUGGAGGAAGACAGGGAACCAGCACUUCGGGUACUUGUAUGGACGGUACACGGAGCACAAAGACAUUCCUCUUGGUAUCAGGGCUGAAGUGGCUGCGAUUUAUGAACCUCCUCAGAUUGGUACACAGAAUAGCUUGGAGCUUCUUGAGGACCCAAAGGCUGAGGUGGUUGAUGAAAUUGCUGCCAAACUUGGCCUGAGGAAGGUUGGCUGGAUAUUUACAGACCUUGUCUCGGAAGAUACCCGAAAGGGUACAGUUCGAUAUAGUCGAAAUAAGGACACCUAUUUCCUGAGUUCAGAAGAAUGUAUCACUGCAGGAGACUUUCAAAAUAAGCAUCCCAACAUAUGUCGACUCUCUCCAGAUGGACAUUUUGGAUCCAAGUUUGUUACUGCAGUGGCUACAGGUGGCCCCGACAACCAGGUGCACUUUGAAGGGUACCAGGUGUCCAAUCAGUGCAUGGCGCUGGUCCGAGAUGAGUGCCUGCUGCCCUGCAAGGACGCCCCUGAGCUCGGCUACGCCAAGGAGUCCAGCAGCGAGCAGUACGUGCCUGAUGUGUUUUAUAAGGACAUAGACAAGUUUGGCAACGAGAUUACCCAGCUGGCUCGCCCCCUGCCCGUGGAGUAUCUGAUCAUAGACAUCACAACAACUUUCCCCAAGGAUCCAGUUUAUACUUUUUCUAUUUCACAAAAUCCAUUUCCUAUUGAAAACCGGGAUGUAUUGGGUGAAACACAGGACUUCCACAGCCUGGCCACCUACCUGUCUCAGAACACCUCAUCCGUGUUCCUGGACACUAUCUCGGAUUUCCACCUCCUGCUAUUCCUGGUCACCAAUGAUGUCAUGCCUCUGCAGGACAGCAUCAGCUUGCUGCUGGAGGCCGUGAGGACCAGAAAUGAGGAGCUCGCCCAGACGUGGAAGAAGUCUGAGCAGUGGGCCACCAUCGAGCAGCUCUGCAGCACAGUCGGUGUGCAGCUUCCAGGCCUCCACGAUUACGGAGCCGUCGGGGGCUCUGCACACGCCACCUCGGCCGCCAUGUGGGCUUGUCAGCAUUGCACCUUCAUGAACCAGCCAGGCACCGGCCACUGCGAGAUGUGCAGCCUCCCCAGGACCUAGGGCUCCCGGGCCCUGCUGCCCAGACUGGGCCCACCCUAGCCCUCUCUGAAGCCAGGAUUGUUGCAACCAUGCCCCACCGCAGGCAGCCCUGAAGGCGAGGCGGGGGCGGCUGCCCUGGGGGUCUCUGACCCAUGAAGCUCCUCAGCACCAGGCUUCCCUGGAGGGAGGGAGCCAGGCUGGUGCUCUGUGGGCUGAAACCAGUCUCUUGGUGGAGGCACCGUAUGGCCCUAUCCGGAUGCCCUGCAGCAGCUCCCACUGUGGUAGAAGGACUAGGUGCCUCUAAAUCAUCACCUGGAAUUGAGGGGGUGGGAGGGCUUGCUGGCACCAUCCAGCUUUCUUUUUUCCUUCCUUUUGGAUGCUUUUGGUUCCUGCCCCUCCCAUGUUUUUGGUUGGGAGCUCUUGGUGACCUCUGUACCCCGUUGCUCUGGGGCAGGCCCUGCCUGUGAGGGCCACCUCUUCCCCUUCCAGUAGCCAUCGUGCGGUGGAAAUGCGUGGCCACAGGCUCGCUGGUCUCCCGUCCGCUUGGUCUGCAGGUGAAUCUGCUGCCUGCCCUUUUUUGCUCUCACCCAGCGUCCAGGGGGGAUUUUAAAGUCUGCUUUGGUUGUAAUAACAGUUAUCAGUAAUUCCUGCGAAGAAGACUUUUAUUUAUUUUUUUUUAAGAUAAAAACUGCAUAAAAGGAGAGUGAGAGACUAGUUUCCACCUUCGUCCCUCCUUCAGUGAGUCCCUGGAGGUGUGUGCAGGCUGGGUGGGUGGACGGGGGACCCACAGUCAGGUCUCCUCACAAAUGAACCUCAGUGCCUGAGACUUUCCUGCCAAGCCACAUGGCUGGGACGGGUGCAGACCCAGGUAGUCCAAGCAGGAACCUAGUGCUGGCUCCCACUAAGCAGGCAGCCUUUCCGGGGGGCCAGCACUGCUGACCAGGCCUGCAUGGGGUGAGCUGGGUGGCCCAGGCAGGGCUGGAAGCUCUGGUCCCCUUCACCCCACACACCCUUCCUGUUGCCCUGCCCGGGCCCUGGCCUCUGGCACGGUGAUGUGGCCCCAGUACAGGCCGGGCCACAGUACAGCAGCUGUGGGGCUGCUGCAGGGACAUUGGAAAGUAGGUACUGUGCUGAGGUAUGGGUCCAGGCUAUCCCAGGACAAAGGUUGUGGUCAGACUUUGCAUGUGCUCUGGGGUCCCUGUGUUUCCUCUGUGGUUGGGCUCCAGUCUGGCCUUUCCCCAGGAGCCGUGGACAUCCUGAUGCCUCUUUGCCUUAACAAGAGCCGUAUCUCUGAGCUGCACUGCACCCACCCAUGGGAGAGGCUGACCCAGACACAGGCUGCUUGGGGACUUCAUGUCUCUGUCCUAGGGCAGGAGGCAAGCCUGUGUGACCCUCCCUCGCCCUUGGCCUGUGAACAGAGAGCACUUGGGCAUGUGUUCACCUGUGGCAAGGGCUGUGCCUGGCACUCAGGUCCACCUGGCGUGGGACACCAAGUGGCCAGUGGGGUUGGGUCUGGCUACAGCAGAUCUGUUCUGGGGAGCAGGAGGUGCAGAGCCCCCUGUUUCCCCAGUUCAUCUGUGACCACGUGCCAGCAAGCUGGGAGGACCAUCUGCCCCAAGUCAUCUGCUCCUUUGAUCAGAUGUGAGUCUGCAGUGGGAGCAGGAGGGCGCUGACCUCAGACCUCGCGGCCCCCGCCGUUCCUCCUGUACUUGCUCUGGUCUUUACCGAGCUAAUUUCCUUUUCUCUUUGACCACUGUCCUACUCACCCUGAAGUUCUGGCAUCUGCAUAGUUCAUUUCCUUUUAUCUUUUAGCUAAAGAAAAAGUGUUGUGAUUUCUCUGCUUCUGGUUUUGAGUCACUCUUUAUUCAGUAAUGCACUUUAUUUUGUCCAAAGAGAGUCGGGGGUCAACAUAAGGAGUGGGGGUACCCUGCCAGCAGGCUUGGGCCCAGGCAACUUAGCCAUCUCCUCUUGCCUAGGGGAGGGGCCCCCAGCUCCACCUUCAUCCUACCUGCCCUUGUGUGGACACACCCUCUCAUGCCACCAGGCACCAGGCACUGUAGCUCAGCGAGGGGGGACUAGGUGCCCAGCCUCCACCAACCAGUCUGCUCCCAGUGCUCCCCACUUGGGGCUUGCAGGUGUGUGUCAGUUGGGUUUGCAGUAGCGUUGCCUGGACUCCAGCCCUGCAGUUGAACCAAUAAAAGCACCUGAAGCGAC